UUAAGCCACAAAUCAGUCAGUCAAUCAUCAAGUCAGUCAAUCAGUCAGUCAGCUCAGAUCGGAGUUCCUCCCGACCGUCUGUCUGCCGACUGUCAAAAGUUUAUUUAUUUGACACCGAAAAAAGUUGACACAGACACCACUGUCAGACGCACAGACACAGAGAGCCAUAGAGAAAAAGGGAAACAAACUCGAACAAAAAAAUACACACACACACACACAUACACACAGAGAAAGAAAGAAAGAAGCAGAGAAGAAGAAGCAGCAAUGAACCCUCCUCGGCCCAGACAGCUGAACAUGCGCCAGCGCCGACCCCAGCCGGAGCUGCAUUGGGGACCCAACGAGGAGCAGCAACACGAAUACGAUCGAUUCAUACCGCCGUUGGUGGCGGCCCGCUUGCAACACGAGAAUCCCGUGGAUGUGGCACGGUUCGUGCAGAACCUUCGGAUCAUUUUACAGCGCCAGCGCGUACACUUCGAUAUGGGCGAGGGCGACGGGGUGCAUGUGUGGAGCUGGCGACUGCCUCCCCGACCCAUUGAUCAGGAUGGCGGCGGCGACGAUAUACGUCCGCGUCGACGGAUCCAGCCACAAAUGCUGCCGGCUGCCGACCAGUUGCCCGAGCCACGACAUUAAUUCUCGACAGGCAUCAAUCCAAUCCACCACCACCCACCCCUCCCCACCGCACCCAUCCCCUUGUUUUCCGACCCGCCCCUCCCCCCUUCUCCCUUCUUUUGGCACAGACAACGGAGUGGUACUGCCACCGAGCCCAGCAACAAUUUGUGAAGAGCCGCCCGAGCCGACUCUCGAUGUGUGCGGAGAGCAUUCAGCAGACGUAAGUGGCAUAAAUUCCGAAAUGAUGAAACAGAAUAAGAGAACCUUGAUUGCUAGAAUAGAGCACCAAUAGAGCCGUAUCUCCCCACCUUCCAGCUUCUUGCCCUUUUCUUUCUUUUUUUCGUUAUUUGUCUAUUUCUGGCAAUGGGCGCACCGAAGCAAACGCUAAAAGCGAAAGCCGACUGAGCGGUCUAUCCAGCCCAGCCCAGCUGGCUGGCUGGCUGGUGGGUAUCCGAGGGCAGCGGAGGUGGAGGCGGAGGCGGAGGACGGACGACGGACGGUACACGCACGCAUAUAAUAAUUUCCUGUUCAAUGAGCAAUUACCGUAAUAAAGAUACAUCUCGGCUACUCUAUUAUACGCAUCGCAUUUAUAACCCCCAACCCCAACACCAACCCCACACCCCAAGCGGAUAGCUGAGGGACACGAACUUUGGUCUAGACCACGACAAUGGUGAAGAUGAUGAUGAUGAUGAUGAUGAUGAAAAUGACAGAGCAGUGACAUCACAAAUAAAGUAUCUUUGGAAGGAAGAAAAAAACACACAAAAAACUUUGCACGAUGGCCACGGUUGCAAUAGGAGGCGCUUGGGCGGGGGGGAGUGACAUCCAUUUUAAGCACUGGGAGGUUAGACCAUAACAAGGAACGGUGAACUGAGCUACAUUUUUUUAUAUAUAUGGAAAUAAAAUAGGAAUGCGGAAAAUUCAAAACACAACGAAACGCGGUGAUGUUAGCUCCAUUUUACCAUAUCAAUACAGAUGUGUCGUAGACAUUAAAGUCAUAUCUCGGGCUAAGAUCGCAAACAGAUUCAUCAAAUUCUAUAUUUAAAAAACAAAAACCUUAUUUAAGAGUUUUCCCGUGAACGAAAAUCUUUGGUUUUUCCUCUUGUAUCUACUACACGAAUUACAAAUUAAAUCAAACUAAAUGAAAGCUGAAGCAAACGCGGAGCUAGUCUCUGCGACAAUUGUCUAACCUAGGCUGCGGGACAGCCUAAGCACUUCACAUUCAAGCAAAUACUAUUCUACCAUAGGGCGAAUGAACUUUCAGGGUCAAGCAUUCUUCCUGAUCAAGCAGAGGUUAAGUCUGUAAAUGGAAAUGGAAAACGUAAAUAUUUCCUGCUUUUUCUGCAAGUCGUACGCGCUCUGCUUUAUUUGGAAUGAUGGCUUUCGGCUUUAUGAAUUCUGGACUGCAAUCGACUCGCACGAAGUGCCGCUGCUUAUGCACUAAAUUCGAUAGAUCCUUGGAGUAGUUGAACUCUAUCUCGACUUUUACGACCACUAAGCAAAUGGGAUUCAUUACACAGUGGAGCGAAAACCUUCAAGGAAAUUAUUCGAUUUGCAUCUGAAGUGCAGCUGCUUCUGUACGAGCACAGCUGUCGGAGAAAAGGGGAAAUAAAGUUCGGGAUAACAAUUUCAGAUUUCAAACACAGCAUAUCUUAAGUAUAUAUAUAUAUGUACAUAUAUGUAUAUGUGCUUAUAGGUAGCCACUAGUCUUUCAAAAAUCAUGACGAAGAACCCAUUAGCUCGUCUUAACGCCGGAAGAUAACAAAAAAUAGCCUUUUAUAGCAUACGAAAUCUAGAUGUUGGCUUCCUUGACGCAUUUCCGAUAAUUGGAAAUGGAAAUAAAAGUGUCGACACAAAGAAAA